AUGCCUUCGGCGGACCAGGAGUUCAUGGCAUUGCGCGCUAAACAUCCGCUGACCCUUGGAUACCUGGAUACAUAUAUCAAUUCAACUGCCGAACGUCAAUGCUACUUUCUGGACAGAACACUGGAUGGAGAGAUACAUGUUGGACGAGGGCCUCACAACGACGUAGUAGUGCAGGAGACCACCGUCAGCUGGAAUCAUUGCAAGCUUGUAUACGUGGAGAACCACGGCGCUGCUCUGGCCGUGACGAUCACUGCGAAGAAGACGACGAACGGAACAUUCGUCAAUGGUAUACGAUUGAGAGCUGGACAGACGCGCGCUCUCCGUGAAGGGGAUACGAUAUCUCUCGGUGUUCAUGUAGUAUCGCAUUCGGAGAAUCGGGGCAGGCGUUUAUACAGAGAAAAUGAUACUAUCGAGAGUGUGGGCCUGCCCGAAGAGCGUCAACGACUGGGCCACCCUCGUUGGCAGUUCAAACUCCGGCUGCUCGAGUUGGGCGAGGACAUAAAUCUCAAGGGUGCCGGCCGAAUUGCUCGAACUGCUUACGAUGUGACUAAUCGCUGUCGCGAUGGGAUAUAUAAAGCUCGCACAGUCCUGGCGCGAGUACGAGGUGUUCGACUCAAAUCACCGCGUGUCACCUCCAGAACACUGAUCGAUUCGAGGAUGCGCUCUCCGACGCCAGCAUUUUUAGGCCCAUCUACCGAGCUACGCACCAACAUCUCUUUCAAAAGAGAGUGGUUGGCCGAUGACUUCUAUCACCCCCACGAAAACCCGGAAGGCCUCUCUUGGUACCACCCUGAUUACGUUUGGCUCGGUCACGUCCAGCGCCGACCCGAUACGACAGUCCACGAGCUUCCUUCCGCAUUCCAGAUCUGGUCGCAAGUGUACGGCAUUGCUCAAGGUCUUCACCCCCGCUGGCACGAAUUUUCCUCUGCCGCAUAUGGCGACGACUGUCCUGACGACGUCGGCCCCGAGUCGGUACUACUGGCAGGGGUCCCUCCGAUGCCUGAUUGGGUGUAUAAACAGCAUCCCUUAGUGGACGACGAAGAGUUCCGCCGCAAACAUGGUAUCACUCAGGCUGUGGUAAACGAGCAAGCGCGACACUAUCAUCUGCAACGUCUGUACGCAGAGGGGACACACCCCGAAGCGGUCAUCGACGGCGCGCUCUCUCAUCCUUCUGUUGAAGUCGAUGAUUCACCUGCCUCGAAGCCUACUACGGCCACGCCAGUCACAGCACACCAUCCUUCGGCUCCCUCUAAGAAGCGGAGACUCGACGCAGAGGACGACAAUACUCCGUCUCAGCCUACCACUGCCGCACGCGAGACGGCUGAACCUCCUCGCAAACGUACGAAACGAGGUGCUCAUCCCACGCGAGGCGCCGUUCCGACUCCGACUCCGAUCCUCACAGCCAGCUCUGCGACCAGGAGUAUUCCGCGUGAUGAAGGCACUGUGGAGAAUAGCCGCCCUCACAAACGCACAAGAGUUCGCGGCGAAGAGCCAACCGAGGAAAACCCCGCUAAGCGCUCGGUCCGGCCCGCCAUCAGGACACCCAACGACGCGGCUUCUCGCACGAACAAGCGCCGGCGCGCGCCUGAGCCCGACAUUGCGGAUGAGCGUCCGGUCAAGCGAGCAACGCGUGCAGCCAGCGUUGCGCCGUCAGAUGUCAAGUCUCGCUCGACCAAACGCCCGCGGGUGGAUCACGAAGGAGCGCAGCCUACACACACGACUGUGAACGAAGCAUCGCGCCCGCUGAAGCGCCAGCGAGUUGUGAUCCCCAAGGCUUCGGGCGCGGAAGGCCCGAAUAACCGACGUUCGAGUCGCCUCAAAAACAAGGCCCCGGCGCUUAACCAAUGA